AUGUUUUGGCAAUAUGUCUUUACACUGAUUUUGAUUUCUUGGAAUUGGGGCUAUACAGAAGCACAAGUGACAAAUAAUUCCACAAUGGCUGAAUCCGCAACUGGAAAAGGAAUCAAGAAUUCUAAUACCGAGACGAUGGGAAAGGGACCUGAGGAUGACAGCGACGCACAGGAUACACCGGGGAAAGAACUAGACGAAGCAAUAACGCUACCUAGUGGCAAACCUAGAACACUCGGUUUAUCUUUUGGUAUAGGUUUAGGUAAUCCACCAGCUGCACCUCAACCUAUGAAUCCAGAUAUGGCUAUGGGUUAUGAUAGAAGUAUGUUUAUGGCUCAACAAACGAAUCGAAUUGUGGGUCUACCUAUGAACCAUUUAUGGAUCCACUUAUGAAU